GCGAUUCCCGUUGUUCUGCGAUUGUCCAAUUGACUGCGCCGUAGGGACCUGUUUCUAAACUGGAGAGUGAUUGGCUGAGUGUUUGCUGGGUGCUGAGUCCCUUGGUUGAGGUGCAGCUUUCCGCUUCAUCGAUUGGAAAAUGUUGGUGCUGGUAUUGGGAGACCUUCACAUUCCCCACCGCUGUAAUACAUUGCCAGCCAAGUUCAAGAAGCUGUUGGUACCUGGUAAGAUCCAGCACAUCUUGUGUACAGGAAAUCUUUGCACUAAAGAAAGUUAUGAUUACCUUAAAACACUGGCUGGGGAUGUCCACAUUGUCAGAGGAGAUUUUGAUGAGAACCUGAAUUACCCAGAGCAGAAAGUGGUAACAGUGGGGCAAUUCAAAAUUGGUUUGAUUCAUGGUCACCAGGUAAUUCCCUGGGGUGAUAUGGCUAGCUUGGCUCUGCUGCAACGACAACUGGAUGUAGACAUCCUAAUUUCUGGUCACACACACAAGUUUGAAGCCUUUGAGCAGGAGAGCAAGUUCUAUAUCAAUCCAGGCUCUGCCACAGGCGCGUGCAAUGCACUGGAAGGUAAUAUCAUCCCUUCAUUCGUAUUGAUGGACAUUCAAGCAUCCACAGUAGUCACUUACGUUUAUCAACUGAUUUCUGAUGAUGUAAAAGUAGAACGAAUUGAAUACAAAAAAUCCUAAAUUUGUCUUGACUGCUUUUUUUUACAGUUUCAUUCCUUGUUCCUUUUGAGUCAUUUUUUUCCUUAACAAGUCUUUAAAUGUAUUAUAUUGUGAAUUGUAAGUUUUAGUUCCUCUAGUACCAGUUCUUAACUAUUCCAGCGAUAUGAAAGGAACCUUAUUGCACACAAGUGAUGUAAGGUUAGUUUAGAUCCUUGCUGAAAAGGGUGCUAUAUUCUUGAAUUACUGAGUUUUCAGUCCUGUAAAUAUUUCCUUUCAAUGCUUACAAUAAUGGAAUUAGUGUAUCAUGUAAUAAGCAUGAAAUUCUUUGCCAAAGGUUUUUGUUUCUGCCUUUGUUUGAAGCUCCACUGUUCCAUGUAAAAUGUUUAUCAUCCUUCCCAUAAACUCUAAUAAAUGUGAUUUCAAAUGCUAACAUUAUUUUGCUGAAGAAAAUUAAUUAUAUAGGAAACAAUGAAUUGAAAUGUAAUUGUGUGCAUUUCACAAUCUUUUUGUGACAGACUUCAUAAAUUGCUUUAUACUUUCCUAUUAACACUUGGCUAAUCCAUGUCUGUGUAAUUAGAAUCGAAAUACGGUUUCAGUUAUAGCCCUGUGUAAUUAACUAAAUCUGUUCAUUAAAACUAAAUCGUUGAUGGA